AUGGAAGGUUUCAUUCACAGGAUUUGGGGGAAAUUUGGGGUAGACAAAGUAUCACUUGCUGGACGUGGCAUUUUUUUGGUUCGUUUCAAGACCAUGGAGAACUGUGACAAUGUCCUUAAGGGUGGUCCAUAUUUCUUUGAUUCCAAGCCAAUGUAUUGCAAAGCUUGGACACCCAGUGUUGAUUACACAAAGGAACCUGUGCAGGUGGUGCCUCUGUGGAUCAAACUAACUGGUUUAAAUGUGAAGUAUUGGGGGGAAAGAAGUUUGUUCAAGAUUGCUGGUAUGAUUGGGAAAGCUAUUAAGGUGGACCAAGCUACCUUGAAUAGAGAUAAACUCAUGUUUGCUAAGGUCUUAGUGGAGAUAAACAUGGGACAAGGGUGUCCUAAAGUCCUGCAGUUCAUCAAUGAGGAAGGUGUUCAGAUUGAACAGUCUGUAGAAUAUGAGUGGCUACCUACAGUUUGCAGUGUAUGCAAAGGGAUGGGACAUGGUGUUACUACAGGUGCAGCCAUUGUUGAAACUGAAGCUCCUACUAUCAGUGUUGUUCCUACUGACAGUGAGGGGUUUACUCAAGCAUCUGGUUUCAGUAGACAAAGGUGCCAGCAGCUUAGACCAGUAGUCACUAGGAAUGCUUUUCAAGCAUUGACUGAAGAGAUUGAGCCACACUUGGACAUACCUGGAAAGGGUUGUGAUUCAUUAGGAGGGGGGUUGACAUCCCCUGAUCCUAAUGGAUAA